UACUAAUACUAAGAACACAGACAUAACAAACGACAUUGACUGCGCGGUUUAUGAUAUUGAUAGUAUCCAACAAACGGUAUUAUUUUACUCGUCAACAAUUAGCAUCAUGUCUCCGUCAAGACGAAGCGAUAACUUCACCAAACAAUUGAACGGUCAAAAGCUUUCGAUAUUGUUAUUCUGGGUUUUGUUUCAAUCAGGAUUUGCCAGCAUAAAUAAGGUAGGACCAGCUGAUGGGCUCCCAUUUGAAUUUGACCGAGUAGGAGGAUCGGUGGUAAAUGCGAAAAACAUACUUACUCAGUCGGUCACUGAUGAUGGCUUCGAAGUGAUUAAAACAAACAAACAGCAGCCGAUAAAAAACUACAACUAUAAAUACUCGGUUAAUUCUGAUGGAACGGGUAACAGUGGCACUGAUAGUUUCGUAAGCAAUAAUAGCGUUCUCAACAAAAACGAAGGAUCGAAUAACUCAAAGACACCAAUAGAUGUUAAUAGUAAUUAUGCUAGCAGCGGAAGUAGUAACUUUAGCCCAUACAAAGGUGCAACUUUUGAAUACAUGCCUCUUAAUUCUAAUUUCGGAGGAACUGGAUCUCUUAAGGAUGCGUUAGAAAACAAUGCACAAAGUAUCAAAAUAAUCAGAAUGAAACCGCUUUAUAAAACAUUUACCUUAGAUAAUAAUAAAGUUGAAGGAUCAUUGGCUAAGCAGAUAAAAAUGAUGGAAGAUGCUUUUCCAUCUUUUAGGUCAUCAUUUUUCAAGUUGUAAGCAAAGAAAAAUAAGAAGUCUUUCAUAAAAAUUAAUAAACAUGUAAAAUGACUCAAACAUAUGUGGUACCAUCAAAUUUACUUAUUAUUUGUAUUUGCUUGAUUAAAUAUUUUAAGACAUUACAAAUGUAUUUUAUAAAAUAUAUACAAAUCAAAAAAUUCUACUAAAAUAAAAUAAGUUCUGUAAUUAAAAGAAUUAAUUUUUUUACGUGCCUAAAAUAUAUUAAUAAAUAUUUUGUUUCAAAAAAAUUAUUAUCUAUUGCUAUUUGUUUGUCAUUAUUUUAAAUACAAUAUACUAAGCUUUUUUU